AUGUCUACAUCGACUGAGGCAGAUAGCAUCCCGAUGCUCCCUCCUGAUGAUUCACCAGGAAGCUCCAUCUCCUCGAGUCUCCAGGAAGAAUACCAGGAGCUGCUGCAGUAUGCUGUAGUCACUCCACAUUAUGAUCCUUCUCAGCUCCCCCACACCCUUGCCGGAGCUGCCCAAUCGUUCCAACCCCAGAGACCGAUCAAAGACCAGCUCAUCUAUCUCCAGUCAAGCGAUGAGAGUAGUUCAGUGAGUGAACCGUCGGCAAAACUUGGAGAGAGCAUGGUUGCUACCCAUGGUUCUCAAAAUGGUGAAGAGCCCCCAACAGAUUCACAGGAUGAAGGUUCUAGAGAUCAAGAGCUCCGUAGAAGGGACCUCACUGCUCCAGUCAAUGAAUUCAGGAGCCCAGUUAGACCUUAUCCACCAGAAGAACUUGGAUCUAGUACUCCACUGUCCACAGACCAGUCUACUCUGACCAACCAGUCCAGCAGCCCUGGUUCACCUGUUAUGGACCAAGACCUGGUCCGAAUGGAGAAGCUACUGGACAACUGGAGCCUUGAGCUCAAAAGGGGUGUUUUGGCUGAGCUGAGUCAAGCUAAGAUCCAGGUGAUAGAGAAAUCUCGGGUGGAUGCACGAUUACAAAGAGAAAAGUCGGACAGAGACCUGAGACGGGUGCAGAAUGAGAUUGAGAAUCAGAAGGAGUUGCUUCACACUUUUGAGCAGUCCGUGGAACGCAAGGAUCACAUCAUCUCCAAUCUUACAAGAGCCGUCCAGAAAGAGAAGGAUCGCUUUCAGAUGCUCCGGCGAUUUGAAUCAUGGAAGCUAAGGCACAGUGAAGAUAGGAGACAGGUGUUUACGAUGAAACUGGCAAAACGGCACCACGAGAAGCAUUUAAAAUCUAAAGUAUGGUCUGCCUGGCAUAGCAUCAUUGUUGCUAAAUGGAGACAGAGGGUAGAGAAGGCAUGCCAGACCAAGGCUCAAGAAGUCUGUAUGAAGCUCACCAAUGACUACGAGGCAAGGUUGGCUUCUUUGAACGAAGCCCUUGAAGCUGCACGAGCUGAGGUGACCAAGCUCCACGGCGAGAGGGAUUACUAUGAAGAAUCGAUGAAGAAGGCCUUCAUGAGAGGUGUUUGUGCUCUCAACAUGGAAGCUAUGGCCAUGUUUCACGAUGGGGAGGAAGGCAGCGGACAGCCUCAACCGUCUUUCCCACCGUCGGCACCCACCCCAGCAGCAGCUGCCCCUGUUCCUACCCCAGCUCCAGCCAGACCGUCACCAUCCGUCAAUACCACUUCGCUGGGAAGAUCUAUACCAAACUCUAAGCCUACGUCAUCGCAGAGCCAGAGGGGCAAUGUUUCAGCUGUCAAGAAAACGGCAACCUGGAGAUCAUCAGAUAGUAAGACGGUGACAGCCAGAGCAAGCGGAAUGAGCGACUUGAAGACAUCCAGUGGCCUAAACCCGCCUAUGGCUUCGGUGGUGGUUGAACGGCAUCAUCCAAUUACCCAGCAAACCCUUGGUCACGCCACUGCUUCCCGAUAUCCAAUGUCGACAACCCAGAGCUUGCCGAGCCAUCUCAAAGGUGCAUCGUCCAAGAGUGGAAGUAGUAUGCCAUCUAGAAAGCAACCAACAGCAGUGACAGGGGCACCGACCGUUAAAGUAGUUCACUAAUCAGUUUCAGACGCGCCAAAUCUCACGUCUUGGGCAUGAGAGUCCCGCUUUUCCAGACUCUUGCUCGAUCUUCCCCCAAAUUUCUUUCACAUGCUUGUAUCUCAGCCUAUCCUCAUUAUAGGCACUGCCUGGUUAUCAUGCCAAGUCACAAUUCCUUGCCUAUGAAAAAAAUCACAUGAAAUUGCUGUCCUUUGACCUUGGCAUUUCUGCCAUCUGGAUUUAUAUAAUUAGAUCUGGGCUACCAGCUCUUAAAGUGGUCCACUUAUUCUUAUGGAACUACUAGGUUUGGGGCACCAACUCUUUAAGUAGUCCACUAAUCCUUCUAGAACUACUAGGCUAUCGGGUGUUAAAUUACUCCACUAAUUCUUGCGGAACUGGUAAAUCUGGGGUGCCUAUUGUUAAAGUAGACUGCUAUGAACUUAUUCUUUAAAAAUGUGAUCAUACACUUACAGUUGUUUUAAAUGUCUUAAAUCGGUUCAUUGAAAGAAUGAAAUUAACCUAGCUGUAUUUGCGUGCAAGUAAUAAUGUUUGUAAAAUCUAAAUGGCGUCUGACUGUCCAUCUGUCACAAAUAUCUUUCGACUCACAACUUGGUAACUGGUUGUCUUAUUGCAACCAAACUUGAGUGGUAGAUGCAUUUGGGGGUACCAUCAUGUCGUGGUGUGGUCGGAGGUCAUAUGGUGUGGUCAAGGGUCAUUCGAAGUCAUAUUGUUUUUGAGUACCUGCAGGUUUUUUUUUCAUACGUUCAAGUUUACUUGCAAGACUCUAUAUGACGACCGCAGUUCAGGUCCAUAUAUUGGUGGUACGGGGACAUGCCGCUUUGAUGACCCCCUUUUUCAGACCUAAUUUUCUGUUCUCUAGAUACUCUGAAUGACAAAAGUUCAGUGCAGAAGCCUCCCUGCCCCACUCACAAGACUCCCGUGACGAGACAUCUCAGUUCCCCAGCCCUGCCAAAAUCGUCAAGCGCGAGCACCGCAUGCGAGAGAUGCACGUACGGCUUUGCAACUCCCUACACGUAAUUAGUAGCCGCUCUGUGCAUGGCUAGCGCAUGCACAGCGCUAUGGUGCAACGUACCUACAGUGCUGCGAUCCUGUUCAGUAGACCCUGUUUUUCUAACCGCCCGGUAUUUAUUUCGUUCCCAAGACCCCAUAUUUUACCCUUGUAGUCAGUUCCUUAGACCCCCAUUUCAGAGUUUCGUGAGGCACACCCCCCUCAAAAAAUAAUUUGAGAUCCCCCCCCCCCCCCCCCCCCCCGGGAUGAACCAAAUUUUCAUUUGAUAAAGUAAUAAUUAACUAGUAGACUAAGCGGGCGGUAUUCUGAAGUCAUUUUAUCUUUAAAAUUGUUUAUUUUAUCUCUUAAAAUGAAAUUGAUAUUCUGAGAGGACAUUUUACCUCUCAAUUAAAAUUUAGAAUUUUAUCUUGUGUAUCUAUAGACGAUGCGCGACAGAGAGGUGCCUGCGUAGACAUACCCAUUGCAUAUCUUACCAUUGCAACUCAUGAUGUGCUUGCACCCAUCAUACUUUGAAGAAAAAUAAAAUGAAAUUAAAAGAGGGUAGGAGCUAUUUUAUCUCCGCAACAUUUGUGAAUGAACUACAAAUGUUGACAUGAAAAUGAAGAAAAAUGAUAUAUACAUUGAGAGUAACACCUUAACGUUAUUCCUGUACAAUCAGGAAUUAUUUCAAAAGACUUCUUGACUAAUAUUGUCUUUGAAAUGAUGCUUGAAAAGAUGCGAUAACGACAUCAAAAAAGACGAGAGUAUUGUUUU